AUGGUAGAUGAUUUUUGUGGCGUUUUGGCAAAAAUUACCUUAUCUUCUGGGAUACAGAUAGGAUUACACGUGUAAACAAUGUCGAAAAACGAACAGGUUUUACUUCUAGAACCUCCAAACGAACUCAGGUUCAGAGGACCAUUCACUGAUGUGGUGACAGCAAAUCUAACCCUAACUAAUCCCACAAUGUCACGGGUAUGCUUCAAAGUGAAGACAACAGCGCCAAAGAGGUACUGUGUGCGGCCAAACAGCGGCCUGCUGGAGCCUGGAAAAGCCGUCUCCGUGGCAGUCAUGUUACAACCCUUUGACUAUGAUCCCAAUGAGAAGAACAAGCACAAGUUCAUGGUGCAGACGAUGAUCGCUCCAGACGGCAAGAUUGAAAACCAGGAGGCUUUGUGGAAGGAUGCCCCAGCCGAGAAGUUAAUGGACUCCAAACUUAAAUGUGUUUUUGAAAUGCCAGUUGAUAUGAAUAAUGCUAAUAAUGAAGAAAUUACCAAACAGGUUAUUUCAGACAGACAAACGCUGCCAAAGGCUAACCCUGCCGACCCAGUGGGAGAGUACAGGAAGCUGGCGGAAGAAUGUAAACGCUUACAGUCGGAAAAAAGCCAGCUUAGAGAAGAGAACAGCCAGCUGAGGACAGACAACAAUAAGAUGAAGGAGGAAACGGUGCGCUUGCGUAAAGUGGCAGUGUCGGAUACGGUGUCCUCAACGCCGGCCUCCUCUGCUUUGUCGGUGAAGUCGGCCAGUCCAAUCAGCAACAUCCCCCCAAUAGUCCUAGCGAUUGUGGCGUUAAUACUGGGUCUCAUCCUCGGCAAAGUUCUCCUGUAACUCGGCUGAACUCUAUCCAGAAUAUUUACAUGUACCUUGCCUUUACAAAGUGCAACCAAGGCUAUAGAUUUCCUAUUGUCUUCUCCUCUUAUUGAUUUCAUAUCUUUUCAAUCUGUUAAAAGACGAAACAGAGAAAAGCCUGCAUUAUCGAAUUCAGAUAAAAUAUAAAGUCCUGCUGCUUUUUUCAGAUUUAGAGCUGAAAGGUCGGAGCACAUAUUGAGAUUUCGUAUAUAUAGUACAUGUAUAUACAUGUAGAUUCAUGAAUAACUCAAGGGCAAACCGGGAGUGCAUGUAAUUCACCUUUGCAGCGAUACUGGUCAGACAGUUGGAAAAGUAGUAUUGUUUAUCUAUGAUUAAUGGUAUAACCUGUCUUGAUCCUUGAUAUUUUGACUCGGCUUCUCAAUAGUGCUUGCGACAAAAAAAAAAAAAAAAAAGUGCAUGGAGUAAUUAUUUAUUUCAAAGAUUUUGAUUUUUACAGUUUUUAUGAUGCAGGUGAUUAAUGAUUUGGAGGGGGGAAGGGAAGCUUGAGAAAUUCACAUACUUGUAGUUGUGGGCUAUUUCUCGUUGCUCUUGAGAUGCACUAGAUGCGAGUGCAUUGAUGAAGGGUAUACUGGUUGAAGCAGACCUCCGUUUGUCGUUCAUGCACUCCGGUUCCUGUAUCUCCCGGUUUGCGCUAGUUGUGCAAUCUUACAGAAUGUAUACACUAUCCGUGCUCAACUGCUUGCCUUACUAUUCCUAGCUGCGCACACUUUUCUCUAAAGUAUGGGAGCUGGGAUGGCUGUUACCAUGCACACUGUUCAGGUUUUCUCCCUAGACUUUGCUGCCUUGUAUAGCACUACCACAUUGCUGUGUUGUACGCCCACAGCAGUGAAGAUACCAGGGUAGGGAAAUGAACGCUUUGUAAUGGUUAUCUCCCUUGGAUCCUGACCAGUUCUCGUGUAAUUGACAGAUGGAAGCUAAUUUGUAAAUUAUAAAAAAUGCAUUUAGUAAAGGUUUUGGGAGGUUAUUUACUGAACAGAUUUCAUAGAUUUGUAUUCUGAUGUUACUUGUAGCUUGCUUUAAUAUCUUUCAGUAUGUGGAAUAUUCGUUUGAAUUAUGAAAAUCGAUUAUGAAAAAUUGAUCGCAAUUAUUAAAGACAAGUCCAUUGUGUACAAAAGCAACACCUUCUAUGUUAAUUCUUGUAUAAUUAAUAGUUUUUCAUAUGUGUUGGUGAUUGUCUGACAUUUUUUUCUCUUCCGUGGAAGGAGUGUUUAUAUUGAAGUCUGCCAAUGUAGAUGUACCUGUACAUAUUAUAUAUAUAUUAGGCAUAUAUAUGGAAUUGGAGUGGAGGCCUGUAGGUGUGCUGUAGCUUGUAUAGUCGGAAGAUUGUCAGUGGACAGUCACUUUCUUUUGUGAGGUUGAAAGGGACAAUUCUGAUCUGUGUGCUAACCUGUCACACUCAUGAUAUUUAUAUGCUCUCCAUGCUGCUUUCUAAAAAGCUUCAAAGGCCUGUUUUGGGUUUUUUAUUUUUUUUUUCCCUUUUUAUGCUUCUCUCUUCAUUUUUCUCUUUCAGUCUGACCCAAAUAAUGCAGAGACAAUUGAGAAAAAGCAGAUCAUACAUAUAUAAGUAGAGAGAGAGAGUGUAGCACUUUACUUCUCUCACGUCUUCGCUGUCCUGGAUCCGCAACAUCACAUUGGACAUGUUGUUGGACUAACUAAUCCAGGGUCAUUUCGGCACAAUUUCGGCCAAUCAAAAUGCAAAUAACUAUAGUAGAGGUCUGGACAUCUCUAGAGGAUGAGUCUUGGGGGUGGGGG